UAUCCUCGUUUUCCCCGUUCAGCUGUUGAUCAGGGUGAUUAUUCGUGGCUGACAUUUGUUCCUAACGAUCCAAGAUUUCCGAAUACGAACCAAGCAUCGAACUGCCGGCAGAAUUUCGUUGAUUACUUUCGUUGUAAAAAGCUCUUUGGAGACGAUUAUCCUCCUUGCAACUACUUCCACCGAGCCUAUCACUUGAUUUGCCCCCGAUUCUGGGUCGAAGAUUGGGAGGCUCAAAUGGAAGAAGGGACUUAUCCAUACAAAUUCUGA